AUGAAUAAAUACACUAAUAAGUAUGUACGAAAUAGGUUAAACUUACACCAGACGCCAUUGUAUCGUGUUACGGAAAGAGGAAGUUUGAAACCGGCAAGGAUGACACUGAACACUGAAUGCUCUCAAUGUGAGAUCACCAUUCAAGUGAAAACUGUAAGUGAGUGUGUGUCAGAACAAGAGUUGAUUGAUUGUACAAAAAUGGCAGCGUUAAAAGAAAUUGUUUCUCUGUAUCAAAAUUUGAAAAAUGAAUGGUCUAAACAGCCGUGGGAUUUAAAAAAAGCCGGUGAUUUACUUAAUCAAUUAAAGGUUGGAUUAACUCAUUUAAUUAUAGCAACCGAGGAUAUUCCAUCUUUUGAACGUUAUAUGUCUCAAUUAAAAUGCUAUUACUUUGAUUACAAGACAGCACUACCCGAAUCAACAUACAAGUAUCAAUUACUAGGAUUAAAUUUACUAUUUUUACUGUCACAAAAUAGAGUCGCUGAGUUUCACACAGAGUUGGAGUUACUUCCAGCCGAUCAAAUCCAGAAAAAUGUUUACAUCCGACACCCGUUGAGUUUAGAGCAAUGCUUAAUGGAAGGCUCUUACAAUAAAAUAUUUUUGGCGAAAGGAAACGUGCCAGCGGCUUCAUACAACUUCUUUAUAGACAUACUACUCAAUACAGUCCGCGAUGAGAUUGGAGCAUGUAUGGAAAGUGCCUACGAUAAAAUUUCGCUGAAGGAUGCAUCAAGGAUGUUGAACUUAAACAGUGAGAAAGAGACACUGGCUUUUGGUACCAAGAAAGGAUGGAAAGUUACUCCGGAUGGUUGUUUCAACUUCAGUACUUCUCAUGAGAAAAAAUCUGAAGAGCCAAUACCUAGUGCCGAACUU